AUGGCGUUCUACAUGGAAGAAGAGGAGGUGUGGAAAUGUCCAAAACACCCCUCCAAGCGUCGGAGGAACGGCAUCUGCCCCGUCUGCCUCAAGGAUCGCCUCGUCACCCUCUGCCCUGACUGCGCUAACGUGCGCCCCUGCGCCUGUUGCGCCGCCGCCGCCGCCGCCACCUCCUCUUCUUCCUCCGCUUCCUCCUCCUUCUCCCUCUUCUCCUCCUCCUCCUCCCGCGGCGAGCCCGCCUUCCAGCGAUCGAGAUCCGUCGGAAUCCCUUUCCUCCGCUCCCGCGGCCACGCCCUCUCCGGCUCCGUCCGGUGGAACCCGCCGCCGGAGACCGCCAAGAGCAGCAAGACGCCGUCGUCCUUCUGGUCAAUCCUCCGGCCUUCGAGUUCUGCUUCCACCAAGAACAAGAGCCGGAAGGAAUUGGUGGAGGAGAAAGAAAACCAGGAAUUCAAAUCCAGUUACUUCACCGGGAACGGUUAUGGCGACGAGAGAAUCGAGGAGUUUACGCGGAUGAUGAUGAGAUCGAGAUCGGUAAGCGUGGCAAUGACGUCAGUUCCCGGUGACCCCAAGAAGGCCGGUAAAGGGUGGCACUUUCCGAGCCCGAUGAAGGUUUUCCGGCAGUCCAAGGCUGCAAAAGUGGUUCAAGAGCGUUCUCCGUUGUAUAGAGGUUGA